AUGCUAUCUUGCCGCCUUCUUGCUGCCGCCCUGGCGGUCGCGUCCUCUUUGGCCACGGCCUCCGCUGCCGAUGAGUUCGGCUACACCACGAGCGGUGACAAGUACAUCAUCAACACCGGCGCGGGCCUGACGAUCGCCAUGAGGCAGGCGUCCUGCGACAUCGUGUCCAUCAACUACAACGGUCAGGAGCUGCAGUACAAGUCCAUGGGCACGCACGUCAACUCGGGUCUGGGCCAGGUGGAGUCGACGAUUCAGGCGCUGAACGACGACAAGAAGACCAUCAACGUCAACUGCAAGAAGACGGGCAUCGAGCAGUCCUACUUCUUCCGCCCCAACGAGAACGUCGUGUACAUGGGCACGUACCACUCGAACGACCUGGUGCUGCCGGAGCUGCGCUUCCUCGCUCGUCUGGACAAGACGGUGAUGAACCAGGGCAUCCUGGAAGCCACCCACGAGGCUGGCAUGACGGCCAUUGAGGCGACGGAUAUUGUCGCGAACGCCGAAGGUAUCACCCGCUCCAAGUACUACUCGGGUGUGCCCUUCAUCGACGACGCCGUCCACGGCGUCAACAGCACUGCGGCUGGUGUGUACUUGGUCAUCUCGGAGCACGGCUACGAAACGUCUAGCGGUGGCCCGUUCUUCCGUGACAUCAACAACAAGCUGGACGUCUCCAACGAGCUGUCGUUCUACAUGAACUCGGACCACACGCGUAUCGAGGACUACCGCUACGGAUUCCAUGGCCCUUAUGCGCUUGCUCUGACGAGCGGCGCGGCCCCCGAUGCCUCCACGCUGGACUUCAGCUUCUUCCAGGACCAGGAGCUCACGGGUUUCGUCCCGGACGCCAAGCGUGGCGAGGUGGCCGGUACGAUCACCGACGCCAACGAUGUUUUGGGCAACUCGGAAGUCGUUGUGGCCUUCUCCAACGCUGACGCGCAGUACUGGGUCAAGGUGCCCGCGGGCACCAAAACGUUCACGUCGCCCAAGAUGAAGCCUGGCACCUACAAGGCCAUCGUCUACAAGAAGCAGCUGGCUGUCGGCACGGCCAGUAUUACGGUCGCUGAGGGUGCAUCCGCCUCGGAAACCAUUGAUGUCUCGUACGAGAUGAACACCAAGCCCAUUUGGCGUAUCGGCGAGUGGGACGGCACGCCCGACGGCUUUUUGAACGCCGACAAGAUCCACAAGAUGCACCCGAGCGACUCGCGCAUGGACGCCUGGGGCCCGAUCACCUUUGCGGCCGGCACAGAUGAGGACAGCAAGUUCCCCACGGCUCAGUUCCGCGCCGCCAACGACGACAUCAAGAUCACGUUCAACCUGACGGACGCCCAGGCUGGCCAGGACAAGACGCUCAAGAUCGGCGUGCCGCUCGCCCAGGUCAACGCGCGCUCCGACGUCAAGGCGAACGACUUCGAGACCGAGACGGCCCCGUCGGUGGCUGUCAAGACGCGCGGCAUCACCCGCGGCGUGACGAUGGACUGUGAAUGCGCAUAG